CUUUGUCGGACAUAUUUUUGCACUCCCCCGAAUCCGGUAUUUAUCGAGCCUCUGCACAGCGGGUACGGCGUUAUAGAUAUUCACGGCAUUGACGCGCGCACCAAACUGCGAAUGGUGGAAGUGGUAGACCGGAAGCUCAGGGAUCGUCACGGCGCAGCAGGCUGGGGGAGUAUACCUGACAUCCGUGUGCCUAGCUAAAUUCAAGAGCUGACCGCUGACUUCGAUUACUGUGUACCUCAUUGUUGAUGUUGAGUUUCGGAACGACAUGAGUUUGACGUUUACUUCCGAAGAUGGUUGGAUAAUAUCGCACCUGAAAUACAUUAAUAAUAUUUACAAAAACAUAACUGACGGAACGACAAUACGCUCACUUGCGUUCAACGGUGAAUUCUUUGACAUAAAUACGAAAUACUUGAGGCAAAAUCAAGGCUGUAAUCAAAGUGACAAUGAUGCAGAGAUCGAAGCUGGUGUCGGCAACUCUAAAGUAUCACAAACCAAAAGUAAAAAGAGAAAACGCGUCAAAGAAUUCCCACACGCUGAUUUUGAACAGAUGAAUUACAUCCGGCGAUCUCUAGAAAAUUUGCUAACAUCUGCAAAAAAGAUCGGUUACUUUUCGGAAGAAUUGAUUUCCGACAACAACAGGGCGGCUCGUUUUGUGUCGCAGAAGUUUUACACAGACUCAUUUCGCCAUCAGAUCGACAACUUGCAUGGAUGCAACAAGACAGAAAAAGCAAUAAUUUCUGAAACACUUUACGAAAGAUACGUCUUCCCGGAAAGAUGCAGUUUUUACUGUUAUGAUGUUCGCGAUAUUCCAGAUAAAAUGGAAAUGAAUAACCAAUUUGACUUCAUACUCUUAGACCCUCCUUGGUGGAAUAAAUCCAUUCGCAGAAAAAAGAGCAAGUGUACAGAGGCCAGCUACAAAAUGAUGUACAACGAGGAGCUAGCCAAGAUACCGAUUGGAAAACUCCUGAGUCCGAACGGCAUUGUUGCAGUUUGGUGCACCAAUGCUCCUAGCCAUCUGCGCAGCAUUUCUAAUGAGAUAUUUCCAGCCUGGGGCGUUACGUACAAGGCAAAAUGGUUUUGGGUUAAGAUUACAAGCUCUGGAGAAACAGUCUGCGAUUUCAACCCACCUCCAGGUAAACAGCCUUAUGAAUUAUUGCUACUGGGUUCAGUGGCUACGAAUACAUCCAUCGAUAUACCUGAUGGAAAGCUAUUGGUCAGCGUGCCGAGCGCCGUACAUUCUCACAAACCACCCCUAACAGAUCUAAUAAAGUCGUAUCUACCAAGCAACCCGAACUGCCUGGAGAUUUUUGCGAGAUAUCUACUACCUGGUUGGACUAGUUGGGGACUGGAGGUGUUGAAAUUUCAGCAUCUGUCAUUGUACUCUAUCGUUGAUGAAGAAAGAGACGCUGGUGUGGAUGAAUAAUAUUUCAAGAGAUGUACAUUGAGUGUAGCGAGUUGAUAUCUGAUUGUGAGGUUAAGAAAUAUUCAGAGUUACCAUCGCCACUUUCGAUGGAAAAUUUUUAAGAGACUACUUACUGGACUCCAGCUGACGAUAUUUCUCAAUUCCUUUGACUUUGUUUCGCAUUGAUAUCAAAGUCCAGUGAAAACUUUGGAACAUUCUUAUCAGAAUAGUAACGCUAAUUCAAAUGGCUUAUGGCGACGCGUUAUCAUGAUAUGCGUAAUAUGAUGGUGCACGAUAACCAGAAGGAUUCGCAGUUUGCCACCUCCAAAAGUCUUUGCCUGUGAAAAUCAUUAAUCUAUAAGAUAAUAAACGAAUACAUCACAUCAACAAAA